AUGGCCGACACACAUGCUGGUGAUGCUUUUGAUGAUGGGAAUGAAGAUUUCCAAACUGGUGAUGCCGGAGCAUCAAAUACUUAUCCUCAACAAUGUUCGGCUUUACGUAAAAGCGGCUAUGUCUUAAUAAAAGGUCGUCCAUGCAAAAUUAUGGAAAUGUCAACAUCAAAAACAGGCAAACAUGGACAUGCUAAAAUUAAUAUGGUUGGUAUUGAUAUCUUUACAGGUAAAAAAUACGAAGAUAUCUGUCCAUCAACACAUAAUAUGGAAGUACCAAAUGUUAAACGUACUGAAUAUACCUUAAUGGAUAUCGAUAAUGAAGGUUACGUUUCACUUAUGGAUGAUAGUUCGGAUACUCGUAGUGAUUUAAAACUUCCUGAAGGUGAAUUAGGUCAAGAAAUAAGAACCAGAUUUGAUAAUGGUGAUGCAUUAAAACUUACUGUACUUAAAGCACUUGGUGAAGAAGCAAUCAUAGUUUGCAAACUUGAAAAUGAACCAAAAAAAUAA